AUGCGUUGGCAGAAACUAGCCAUCAAGCAAGCUACAAUUGAUAGAGCUCGCUGUUACCAAGUUACGAACUGCUACAAGUUGUCAGAACUCGCCGUUGACGGACUACGAAUUGAUAGAGCUGGCCAUUGGCAACCUAAGAAUUGUAGAAACUUGCUGCUGGCAAAGUACGAAUUGCCAGAGCUCGUUAUUAACAAGAAACUUGCUGUUGGCAAAGUACAAUUCGGUAGAAAUCCGCCAUUGACAAGUCCGCUUGAAGGUAGUGAUAACUUUCCAACAACAGCCGAAUUAAAGUUUGGAAGGAUUGACGAGGGUAUGCUGAGUAGCAAAUCAAUAUUGUACGGCAUAGAAAUAUCAAAACAGUCUGAGACUCUGAGGAUGUCUGUCGAUCGGCGUUAA